GCCGAGCCGAGCCGAGCCGAGCCGAGCCGAGCCGAGCCGAGCCGAGCCGAGCCGAGCCGAGCCGAGCCAUGGCCGCGACGCUCCCCGGCAGCCUCCUGCUCCUGGCGCUGCUGGCGCUGCGGGGGCGCGCCCAGGGCUUCGGGCAGACGCGCUUCAUUUGCACCUCGGUGCCCGUGGACGUGGACAUGUGCACCUCCCCCGCGCAGAGCGGCGGCGCCGCCGAGGACCUGAAGACGACGGUGCUGCAGCUGCGGGAGACGGUGCUCCAGCAGAAGGAGACCAUCAUGAACCAGAAGGAGACGAUCCGGGAGCUGACGGCCAAGCUGGGCCGCUGCGAGAGCCAGAGCGUGCUGGACGCGCUGCCCAGCGAGCCCCGGCCCGGCGGCAGGAAGCAGCCCGGCUUCUCCAAGAACACCAUGGGGGACCUGUCCCGGGCCCCCGCGGCCGAGACCUUGAGCCAGCUCGGACAAACUUUGCAGUCCCUUAAGACGCGGCUAGAAAACCUGGAGCAGUUCAGCAGGAUGAACUCCUCGAGCCAGACCAACAACCUGAAGGACAUACUCCAGAAUAAAAUAGACGACCUGGAGAAGCAAGUUCUGUCGCGGGUGAACAGCCUGGAGGAAGGGAAGUACAACCCCAAGAACGAGUCCGAGGAGCGCGGCAAGAUAGAGAGCACCCUCACGUCGCUGCACCAGCGCAUCAGCGACCUGGAGAAAGGCCAGAAGGACAACCGGCCCCCGGACAGAUUUCAGCUCACCUUCCCGCUGCGCACCAACUACAUGUACGCCAAGGUGAAGAAGACCCUGCCCGAGAUGUACGCCUUCAGCGUGUGCAUGUGGAUGAAGUCCAGCGCCUCCCCCGGCAUGGGCACCCCCUUCUCCUACGCGGUGCCCGGGCAGGCCAACGAGCUGGUGCUCAUUGAGUGGGGCAACAACCCCAUGGAGAUCCUCAUCAACGACAAGGUGGCCAAGCUGCCCUUCACCAUCAACGAUGGCAAGUGGCACCACAUCUGCAUCACCUGGACCACGCGGGACGGCGUGUGGGAAGCCUACCAGGAUGGCACGCAGGCUGGCAGCGGCGAGAACCUGGCACCCUACCACCCCAUCAAGCCUCAGGGCGUCCUGGUGCUGGGCCAGGAGCAGGACACGCUGGGCGGCGGUUUUGACGCCACGCAGGCCUUCGUGGGCGAGCUGGCCCACUUCAACGUGUGGGACAGGAAGCUGAGCCCCGGCGAGGUGUACAGCCUGGCCACCUGCAGCAGCAAGGCGCUCGCCGGCAACGUCAUCGCCUGGGCCGAGGCCAACAUCGACAUCUACGGCGGGGCCACCAAGUGGACUUUCGAGGCCUGCCGCCAGCUCAACUAGGGCCCGUGGACUCGCGCGAGAAACCUCUUCAUCGCCCUUCCUUUUUUUUUUUCUUUUUUUUUGUGCAAAAACAACGGAGAACGACGUCACCCGCUCCGUCCCGGGGGGCUGCGCAGCGGGGCUGCCCCCCGGAGCCCCCCGGCCGUCUCGUUUCUGUCUUGCCAAUGUCCUUCAACGCCUGCGUGCCUUGGCCCGGCGCGGCUGCGCCCGUCCCGCCGCCCCCGCCCGGCUCCUCGCUUCGCCGCUGCCGCCCCUCUCCGGCGCCGGGGCGGCCCCCACCCCCGGCAGCGCUGCUUCUCUUCGGAGAGAGCCCCUGGGGGGGGGCCGGGCUGGAGCCCCCUCAGGUCCCCUUGUCCUCCAGCCCGAAGCGCCCCGGGCUGGGCGGGCUGCCGGAGCCGGGGGGGAUCGCGGAGCCUCCGGCCUGGAUCCUUCCUGCAGCCCCUCUCCGGCCUGGAAACUGUGUGUGUGGGGGGGAGGAUGGCAGAGGGCCCCCCCCCUUCCCAUCCCUCCCAGGGCACCUCCCCACUCUGGAGCGGGAUUGCAGAGCUUCUCCCCCCCCCAUCCCUCCCAGGGCACC